AUGGACAAGAGUUGGAUGAAUUUGAGUGAUAGACUUAAAUCAAAUCAAUAUGCUGAAGGGGUUAAGCAGUUCCUUACACAGGCAGAAAACCACGCUAUGGGAAGUGGUUGCAUUCGGUGUCCAUGUCGUAUAUGUUCUAAUAAUAUUUGGUUACCUAUAAGUGAGGUGGAAACCCACUUGUUCAUUACAGGGAUUAAUCCCAACUACACCAACUGGAUAUUUCAUGGGGAUAAGGAUCCAUUCGAAACUGUCAACAAUUCUGAUGACAGUGUGGAGGUAAGUCAUCAAGAAGAAUAUAUUGAUGACAUGGAUGAGAUGUUGGGUGACUUUAUGGAAAGCACAUUCGUUGAUGUGGCAUCAGGCAAUACUACAACUCCUCAUGAACACCAAGCCUCUCCGAUCCUUGGACCUGCACAAACCUCAGCAUAUGAGAAACUUUUAAACGAUGCCCGACGACCACUAUUUGAUGGUUGUAAAAACUUUUCACAGCUCUCGUUCAUCGUAAAGUUGCUGCACAUUAAAACGAUCGGGGGUUGGUCAAUAAAGUCAUUUGACAUACUGCUUAAGUUGUUGAGGUCAGCAUUUCCUAAUGUUGUCUUGCCACACUCAUACGAAGAGUCACGAUCAAUGGAACGGGGUUUGGGGUUCAGUUACUCAAAAAUUCAUGCAUGUCCUAACGACUACAUUUUAUAUUGGAAGCAAAAUUCUGAGCUAAAUGAGUGCCCUAAAUGUAACACAUCUAGGUGGAUGGAAUCAACACACAAAAGUCGCCCAAUUCCUCAAAAGGUCUUACGACAUUUCCCCUUGAAGCCAAGGUUGCAACGACUAUAUAUGUCAUCAAAGACGGCAGCUGACAUGAGAUGGCAUAAAGAGCAACGAGCACAUGAUGGCAUUAAUAUGCGGCAUCCUGCUGAUUCAGAGGCUUGGAUAACAUUUGAUGAAGAACAUAGGUGGUUUGCUAAGGAUGCUCGCAAUGUACGACUGGGUCUAGCAAGUGAUGGUUUCAACCCUUUCAAUAAUAUGGCUAAACCUUACAGUAUAUGGCCAGUAAUCCUCGUUCCGUAUAACUUGCCGCCGUGGUUAUGCAUGAAAGAGGCAUUCUUUAUGACGUCACUCAUUAUUCCUGGGCCAAAAUCACCGGGGAAUGAAAUAGAUGUGUACUUGCAACCAUUGGUAGAUGAAUUGAGUAAUCUUUGGGAAAAUGGGGUUGCGACAUAUGAUGCCUUUAGUGAAGAAACAUUUAUGCUACAUGCUGCUCUAUUGUGGACAAUCAAUGACUUUCCUGCAUAUGGUAACCUCUCUGACUGGUCAACAAAAUGGAAAUUAGCGUGUCCAUCGUGCAAUCUAGGCACAGAUUCCAUGUGGUUGACCUAUGGUAGAAAGCAUACAUAUAUGGGGCAUCGUCGAUUCUUACCACUGGAACACACAUGGAGGAAAAAAAAAAGCAUUUUCAAUGGUAAAGAAGAUCACCGCACACCUCCAACUUUGUUAACGGGACCAGAGUUACUCGGUCAACUAACUUCUAUUGGACAUGUGUCAUUUGGGAAGUGCUCAAAGAAGCACAAACGCACUCCUGAAGAGUUGAAUUGGACAAAAAAGAGCAUUUUCUUCAAUUUGCCAUAUUGGUCCACACUUAAGUUUCAACAUAAUCUAGACGUUAUGCAUAUCGAGAAAAAAUUUGCGACAGCAUCUUGGGCACGUUGA